UUCUUCCUCGGCGAACCCAAUCCAAACUCCACUCCACUCUUUCUCUUCUAUCCGUCCGCCUCCGCCAUGGCCACCGCCGCCUCCGCCUCCGCCUUCCUCUUCCACGCCCCGCCGCGCGGCCACCACCACCACCACAAGCCCAAGCCCGCCUCCAGGCCCACCACCACCCUCUGCUCCGCCGCGCCCUCCUCCACGCCGUCCCUCGCCGACCAGCUGGAGCCGCUCUCGCGCACGCUGCUCACGGACAAGCCCACCCCCGCCGCCGACCGCGCGCAGCGCCCCACCCCGGAGCCCACCUGGGUCAACCCCUCCAGGCCGCGCCCCACCGUGCUGUCCCUCCGCCGCCAGCGCCGCCGCCCGGCCGCCUCCCACCCCUCCUCGGCGCCGCUCCAGCCGCUGCUCCGCGACCUGCGCGCGCUCCCGGAGGACGCCGACCUGGCACCCACCCUCAGCGCCUUCUUCCCGCUCCCGGGCUCCCCGCCCACCUCCUCCGACGCGCUGCUCCUCCUCAACUACCUCCACCCGUCCUGGCGCAAGACGCUCUCCCUCCUCGCCUACCUCCGCGCGCUCCCCGCCGACGCCGGCUUCGCCGUCGACACCAUCCUCUUCAACGUCGCCCUCAAGUCGCUCCGCGCCGCGCGCCGCUGGGACGAGGCGGAGCGGCUGGCGCUCGACAUGCUCGACUCCGGCGUCCCGCUCGACAACAUCACCUACUCCACCCUCAUCACCGCCGCCCGCCGCUGCCGCCAGUUCGCCAAGGCCGUCGAGUGGUUCGAGCGCAUGUACUCGCCCGGCAGCGCCGUGCUCCCCGACGAGGUCACCUACUCCGCCGUCCUCGACGUCUACGCGCAGCUCCGCAUGAAGGAGGAGGUGCUGGCGCUCUUCGACCGCGCCCGCGGCAGCGGCUGGAAGCCCGACCACGUCGCCUUCGCCGUGCUCGCCAAGAUGUUCGGCGAGGCCGGCGACUACGACGGCAUCCAGUUCGUCUUCAAGGAGAUGCGGGAGGUCGGCAUCAAGCCCAACAUCUUCGUCUACAACGCGCUGCUCGAGGCGCUCGGCAAGACCGGCAAGCCCGGGCUCGCCCGCAACCUGUUCGAGGAAAUGACCGCCGAGGGCGUCGAGCCCAACGCGCGCACGCUCACCGCCGUGGCCAAGAUCUACGGCCGGGCGCGCUGGGGACGCGACGCGCUCCAGCUCUGGGACCAGAUGCGCGAGAGGAAGAUCCCCGCCGACAGCAUCCUCUGCAACACGCUGCUCAGCAUGUGCGCCGACGUGGGGCUCGUGGCCGAGGCCGAGCAGCUCUUCGAGGAGAUGAAGGACCCGGACCUCACCGACGUCCCCCAGCCGGACAAGUGGAGCUACACGGCCAUGAUCAACAUCUACGGGAGCAUCAAGGACGCCGACCGCGCGCUCCAGCUGUUUGUGGAAAUGCUCCAGAGCGGCAUAGAGGCCAACAUCAUGAGCUACACCAUCGUGAUCCAAUGCCUCGGCAAGGCGAACAGGAUACGGGACGCCGUGGAGGUGCUCGAGGCGGGGCUGGAGAGGGGCCUCAAGCCCGACGACCGGCUAUGCGGGUGCCUGCUCUCCGUCGUCGCACUAAGCAGCGGCGAGGAGACGGAGCUGGUGCUCGGCUGCCUUGAGAAGUUCAAUGGAAACCUGGUCAAGCUGAUCAGGAUGCUCGGGGACGACCAGGUGGGCACCGACGAGCUCAAGGAGCAGCUGAGGGCCGUGCUGAACGCCGCAGAGACCGAGGUGCGCCGGCCCUACUGCAACUGCCUUAUCGACAUAUGCCAGAACCAUGGCCUCCCCGCCCGGAGGCCGAGGGAGCUCUUCCGGCUCGCACAGUGCUACGGCCUCUACUCCAAGCUCCACAUCAGGAAAGACGAUGAGUGGCUGCUAGACCUGCGGUCCCUCUCAGUCGGCGCUGCCAAGACGGCGUUCGACGACUGGAUGGCGGCCCUCUCAGAGCGCGCCGCGCAGGGCCAGACCCUACCACAGUCCUUCAACGUGUUCACCGGGUCCAGCACCCACAAGUUCGCGCAGGGGCUGGCGAGUGCCUUCGCCGCCCACCUCGAGGAGGCGGCGGCACCGUUCCGUCCCAGCGAGUCCCAGGUCGGCAGCUUCGUCAGCUCCAGGGAUGAGCUAGUGCAGUGGCUGCAGACGAGCAGUUCAUCGUCUCCGGUCGUGGGAUCACCUGGUCUGCUGGCCCUUGGAAAGAUUUAUGGUGCUGCUGCUACUGCUGCCAUGCAGGCUGAUAGAAUGGAAAUGGAAGAGGAGCACUGGUCAGUUGUUGAAGGUGAUGAUUUUUCCACUAUUUUUCCUCAUGGUAGACAUAAAAAGGGUUACUGGCUGGAAAAGGCGAUCGGUUUCGUCGCGCUUAGUUGCGGCGAUGGCUUUCUCGGUCCGAGUCGCGCGAGUCCACCACAAGUCGCUUCUUCCUCCCACCGGCCACCACAGCCCACACAGACGCGGCAGAGAGAGAGAUCGGAGGGGGAUCGCCGGGCAGAGAUCGGCCGGAGAGGGAGGAGGAAGAUGAUACUCGCCGUGCUCUUCGCCAACUCCGAGGGAAACAUCCUCAUCGAGAGGUUCCAUGGCGUCCCGGCGGAGGAGCGGCUGCACUGGCGCUCCUUCCUCGUCAAGCUCGGCGCCGAGAACCUCAAGGGGGCCAAGUCCGAGGAGCUCCUCGUCGCCUCCCACAAGUCGGUCUCCAUUGUGUAUACCAUGAUCGGGGACAUCUGCCUGUACAUUGUCGGCAAGGAUGAAUAUGAUGAGCUUGCUCUGUCGGAGGUGAUCUUCGCUGUUACGUCGGCGGUGAAGGAUGUGUGUGCGAAACCACCCACCGAGCGCCUCUUCCUGGACAAGUACGGGAGGAUCUGCCUGUGCCUGGACGAGAUCGUUUGGCAGGGGUUGCUGGAGAACACGGAGAAGGACAGGGUUCGGAGGCUGAUCAGGCUCAAGCCCCCUGUGGAGCCACCACCUCGGUUCUCACUCAUCCAUCUUCCGGCGAGCUUGGUAGCAGGCAGGCCGAGAGAGAGAUCGAAGAAGAGACCUGCCGGCCGGCCGGAGACGAUGGAUCUGGUGAACGGCGUGCUCAACUGGGCGGCGAUGCCCGCCAUGGUCACCACCCUCCUGCUCUUCUACCCGCCCUACUACCUCUUCAAGCUCUGCUACUCCUUCCUCUCCUACCUCUUCCCCGACGACCUCAAGCGCAAGGUCGUCCUCAUCACCGGCGCCUCCUCCGGCAUCGGCGAGCAACUGGCCUACCAGUACGCCACCAAGGGGGCAUGCCUCGCCCUGGUCGCCAGGAGGGAGUGGAGCCUCCGGCAAGUCGCCGACCGCGCCUUCGAGCUCGGCGCGCCGGAUGUCAUCAUUCUCCCCGGCGACGUCGCAGACCCCGACGACUGCAACAGAUUCGUUCAGGCCGCGGCCGACCACUUCGGCCGAUUGGACCAUCUUGUGUGCAACGCUGGCAUUGCAAGCGUAGGCGCUUUUCAGGAGAUUCCCGAUGUCACUAACUACAGCUCUCAGCUUGAUGUGAACUUCUGGGGCGCAGUUCAGUCCACUUUUGCUGCUCUACCUCAUCUUAAAAGGACCCGAGGGAGGAUCGUGGUCACCGCCUCCGCAACCGGAUGGAACCCCGUUCCGUGCAUGGUUUUCUAUAAUGCUGCCAAUGCCGCACUGAUUAACUUCUUCGAGACGCUGCGGUCGGAGCUUGGCAGUGAAGUUGGCAUCACGAUAGUGACGCCCGGGUGGAUCGAGUCCGAGAUGUCCAAAGGAAAGUUUCUGAAGGAGGACGGCGGCGUGGAGGUUGAUCAAGAAUAUCGAGAUGCUCAAAUCGGCCUCUUCCCAGUGGAGUACGCCAAGAACUGCGCGAGGGCCAUGGUGCAGGCAGCUCGCCAAGGCGACCGCUACCUCACCGUGCCGUCCUGGUUCGGAACAAUGUACCUGUGGAGGGUGUUUGCGCCGGAGGUCGUCGAGUUCUGCUACCGCCUCCUGUACAUGCACGGCCAUGGUGGCGGCGACCAGACCGAUGCGCCGAGCAAGACGAUGGCCCAGGGUGGCGGGAAGCAGAUGCUGUACCCCUCCUCGCUGAGCUCUUCAGACGUCAAGAACGACUAGAAACUUACUAUAGUUCGCAUCCUUUGAUCGACGUGGAUCCUAGUGUGCAUGCGGCUCGUUUGUUCUCUAAUAAUGGAGCUUUAGGUGUGGAUGCUACUGUUGGUUAGCUAGUUUGUAAAAAAAAACCGAAUAAUUAAGCUGUGUUCUGGGUUUGCGAUAUUAGUGCUCUGUUGUGUGCUUGUAAUAUUAGUUCUGUGUUUGAGAGUGC